UUAGCAACGUGGGACUCUGAGAAAGGCCUGAAUGGUAGCCUGCAAGAACGACGUCUGGGCAACGACUUACAAGGAUUGACACUCAAAGUGGUGACUGUCUUGGAAGAACCUUUUGUGAUGGUGGCAGAAAACAUACUUGGACAACCCAAACGAUAUAAAGGAUUCUCCAUUGAUGUCCUGGAUGCACUUGCCAAGAAUCUGGGCUUCAAGUAUGAGAUCUAUCAAGCUCCUGAUGGCAAAUAUGGACAGCAGCUCCAAAACAGCUCCUGGAAUGGCAUGAUUGGAGAACUCAUUAAUAAGAGAGCAGACCUCGCCAUCUCAGCCAUCACCAUAACGCCGGAACGCGAGAGCGUGGUGGACUUCAGCAAGCGCUACAUGGACUACUCUGUGGGGAUCUUAAUCAAAAAGCCUGAAGAGAAAAUCAACAUCUUCUCUCUUUUUGCUCCCUUUGACUUCGCUGUGUGGGCUUGCAUUGCAGCAGCUAUCCCUAUAGUUGGUGUUUUGAUAUUUGUCUUGAACCGCAUCCAGGCAGUCAGGGCGCAGAACGCUUCCCAGCCGAGCCCUUCUGCUUCCUCCACCCUCCACAGUGCCAUCUGGGUGGUGUACGGCGCCUUUGUCCAGCAAGGGGGUGAAUCUACUGUCAAUUCUGUGGCGAUGCGCAUUGUCAUGGGAAGCUGGUGGCUCUUCACCCUCAUCGUGUGCUCUUCCUACACAGCAAACUUAGCAGCAUUUCUCACGGUAUCAAGGAUGGAUAAUCCCAUAAG